AUGUCAGCGCCGGGCCAGUGCGCCAACAGAAGAGCUUCCUGGGCAAAGCCUCAGGUGGGGCGGCUGGAACCGGCCGGUCGACCCUUGCCAACAGCCGAUGCCAAGAUUGACAGAAGGGCUUCCAGAAGUGGUCUGGCCCACCCCGCAUCGUCGCCUCUCCUGCGUGUGCCUUCCAACCGCAAACCAACAGGCAAAUCGUCGCUCGCGGUCCGCUACGUCGACGGCCACUUUGUCGAGAGUUACUACCCGACCAUCGAGAGUACAUUUUCCAAGGAGAUCAAGUACAAGGGCCAAGAGUAUGCAACUGAAAUUGUCGACACAGCCGGCCAGGAUGAGUACAGUAUCCUCAAUUCGAAGCAAGUGAUCGGCACCCACGGCUACAUGCUGGUGUACAGUGUGUCGUCGCUGCAGUCCUUUGAGAUGGUGCAGGUCAUUCGCGACAAGAUCCUCAACCAUCUGGGCACCGACAGCGUCCCGAUCGUCAUCGUCGGCAACAAGAGCGACCUGCGCCCUGAGCAGCGCCAGGUCACCCCCGAGCAGGGCAAGGCACUGGCCGACAAGUACAAGUGCGCCUGGACCGAGGCCAGUGCUCGCUAUAAUGAGAAUGUGGCUAAAGCCUUCGAGAUGCUCAUCGGCGAGAUCGAAAAGUCACAGAACCCGACCGCGAAUAGUGAGGGCAGCAAGUGUAUCGUCAUGUGA